AAUAGUGUGCCACCACUAUUUGGAACAGCACAAGCUUUCCUAUUGAGACUAGCACAACUUGAAGCUCAGUUGGUUUUGAACCUGAUUAGUAAUGUUGCAGCUGUAAAUAAUAGCAGUUAUGGGAACCCCCUUGUUCCUUUAAAUCUCUUACAGCCUGUUGGCAUUCAAAGAGCCACAUUUUUGAGCAUGUACCAGCACCCAGGGGGUUUUAAAAACAUGGAUUCCAUACCUCACAUGAUUAGCCACCCCUCAACAUCUGUCACAGACAUUAAUUCAGUAAUUUCCUAUAAGGAGAGUGGUGCCCUUCUAGCAAAAGAGAUCAUUCAGGACAAAACUCUAGGUCCCAUCAUGAAUAACACAACAUUGCCACUGCAAGCAUCUGAGGAAGCUCUUGUUAGAUCCAGUCACAACCAGCUUGGCAAACAUUUCACCUUCAAACCAGACGUGGACUGUUCUCAAUAUCAGUCAAUGAUAGCUAAAGCAAUGAUGCCUCCUGAUAGACCACAAACCAAAGAAGCAGAGCCAAAGCAACAAACAAUGCUGCAUUUUCCAACAGACAACCUGAACAAAGCUUUGACCAGCCUUGGCCUUUCUCUUGAGGAUCUAGAAUUACUCAGCCAUUGCCCAGACAACCAGUUAACAACAGAGAAUCUCCCCUUCAUUAUACAAGACAUUCAACAGCGCAAAGGAACAAAGGACAUUAAAUAUGGCCAUGCUACAUGGAACUCAUCUGAUCAAGUGGAAUCAUCCAGAGAGUCAUCAUACGCUCAUGGGGAACAGAGGAAUCAAAGGAUUAUUAAUGGUGAAUGGCAAGAAUCCCAUUCCCAUAGAUCCCUCAGCCCUGAAAGAUGCUGCCCAUCUGAACUCAUUUAUGAGCACUUCUCGACCCAGUCUAAAACACUGAAAAGAAUAAGACAUUCAUCAGGAAGAGGCUCACAUUUCUUCCUAAAGAGGCUGCAACAUGGGCCUGCUGAGGUCACCAGGUGGAGGCCUGGUUCAGUCUAUUUUCCCCCUCGCUCAAAAUGCAGCACAAGAUCUACCACUUACAAUGGCAUGAAAAAAGGUCAUCAACAAUCUUCAUUUCCAGUCAAAUCUGCAAAAUCUGAAGUAACCACUGAAUCCAUGAACAUUCAGAUGCCAGUAACUAAGAUGGCUGCAAAAACAUCAGCACAGACUAAGGGUGUGAUUCGUGUGUCUGGAAUCCCUCUUGAUUACUCUGAUAGUGAACUCAUCAAAAUGGCAUCUCCCUUUGGUCACCCUGUUGAGGUAUUAAUGGCAACUGAGGUUGACACAACAACCUGUCUAGAAUGGAAGAAGGCUUUACUGAUGUUUCCAACUGAAUUCUCAGCCCAGGAGAUGGUGAAGGUUUACUCUGCUAUCCCAGUUCACAUGAGGCAGCAAAGUUUAGAGCUGGUGUCCCAAAUGGUUGACUUUAGUUCACCUGUGUCAGUGUUUCAUGCUUUUGUGGGACCAUCAUUAUCAAAUGCAAGUAUCACUUGUUCUGGAGCCAUUUCAAAUAUUAAAUCUUUUACAAAUAAUAAUAAUAAAAAACCUACAUUUUCAUAA